GUUUUCGUAUAAAACGCGUUGGCCCAACCACUUUGGCAUAGUCGUCUUAUCAUCGGGUCUCUAAGGAUCAAGCGAUCCAAAGACCGCCAACAUGCGUUUCGUUCUGUGCUGCACUUUGAUUGCGUUGGCUGCGCUCAGCGUAAAAGCUUUCGGUCACCACCCCGGCAAUCGAGAUACAGUCGAAGUCAAAAACCGAAAGUACAAUGCAGCUAGCAGUGAAAGCUCUUACCUCAACAAAGAUAAUGAUUCGAUAAGUGCCGGAGCGCACCGGGCCAAGUCCGUAGAGCAGAGUCAGGAUAAAAGCAAAUAUACAUCUGGUCCAGAAGGCGUGUCGUACAGCGGAAGGUCUCAGAACUAUAAAGAUUCCAAGCAAGCUUAUGCCGAUUAUCACAGCGAUCCGAACGGCGGAUCUGCUUCUGCCGGACAAUCUCGCGACAGCAGCCUGAGAGAGAGAAACGUACAUUACGUCUCUGACGGUGAAGCAGUGGCCGCUUCCAGUGACGCUCGCGAUGAAAACCGAUCCGCCCAACAGAAUGCUCAGGCCAAUUGGAACGCUGACGGUUCUUACGGAGUUAGCGCUGAUCGAAGUGGUUCCGCUAGUUCUAGACGCCGCCAAGCCAAUUACUACUCCGAUAAAGACAUCACUGCUGCUUCUAAAGACGAUUCACGUGCAGAUUCUUCUAGGAGAAGCAAUGCCUAUUACAACAGAGAUAGUGACGGCUCAGAAUCCGCUGGAUUAAGUGACCGUAGAGCUUCUUCCUCGAAAAAUGAUAAUGUAUUUGUUUACCGCACUAAGGAUUCUAUUGGAGGACAAGCGAAAUCUUCAAGAUCAUCUCAUUCACAAGAGAGCGACGCUUAUUAUAACUCCAGUCCGGAUGGAAGCUACAACGCUGGUACGCGAGAUAGUUCAAUUUCUAACAAAAAGAAGGCGAGCUCUACCAUCUACGCUGAUAAAGAUCAAAUACGCGCCGCGAAUGAUCGUUAUUCUUCGAAACAGUUAAAACAGAGCAGCGCUCAAAUCUCCUCCGGGCCAGAGGGCACCUCUGUAAGCAGUAAGGAUAGGCAGUACUCGAACGACAAACGCAGCAAAUCUGAUGCGUACGUCGGACGGGACGGCACCGUUGCUUACUCAAACAAGGACAGCGAAAAGACCUCACGACAAAGUAAUACGAACUAUGCCGACCAAAACUCCGUUCGCUCUGACUCUGCCGCUUCGGACCAGACCAGCAACAGUUACGACAAGGGCUACAGUGAUAAAAAUACAGUUGCCCAUAGCUCUGGUAGUAGGGGCAGUCAGAAUCAGAAAUCGUCGAGCUACCGCGCUGACAAGGACGGUUUUUCCUCCAGUACGAAUACUGAAAAAUCCAGAUUUAGUUCUUCGAAUAGCGUCGUAGAAACUUCAGAUGGAACUUCUGCUAGUCGCGAAUCAUCAGCGGAGGAUACCAAAUCAUCCAAUAGUAACGUUCAGAGCGAUGAAACAGGCGAAGAAGAGGAAUUGUUCGAUGUUGUAUCUUACCAGAAAAUUGAAGAUGGCAAGCCUGUAAUCAUAAUGAAAGUUAUACCAGUCGAGAAAUCCGCGUCCCAAUCAAGUUCUUCGCGGUCAUCUCAGGAGUCUGCAAGCUAUAGCAGCAGCAGCAGUUCAUCGAGUCCACGUCCACUCUCCAUAUGGACCGGUCCAGGCCGUGAUAUACCCUUCUUCAGAAGAAAAUACUCAGGCGCUCGCUCUGUUCCUAAGCCAAUACCAAUACCAAUUCAAUCAAAAGGUUCAACGGAACGACCACAGCCUACAGGGCACCGUUCAGCAGAAGAAUCCUCAUCCUCGAGCUCUAGGGCUGCUUCAUCAACCGACGCUUCUAGCAACACUGAUUCAAACUCAAACAGCGCGGGAUCCAGUACAUCCGGCGGUAGCAGCACUUAUGGAUACAGUUCCAACAGUCGUGAUGGAAGUGUAUCGACCACCGGCAGUUCCAGUAACACUGAUUCGAAUUCAAACAGCGUAGGAUCCAGGAAAUCCGGCGGUAGCAGCUCUCAUGAAGACAGUUCCAAGAGUCGUGAUGAAAAUGUAUCGACCACCGGCAGUUCCAGUAACACCGAUUCAAACUCAAACAGCGCAGGAUCCAGUACAUCUGGCGGUAGCAGCACUUAUGGAUACAGUUCCAACAGUCGUGAUGGAAGUGUAUCAUCCACCGGCAGUUCCAGUAACACCGAUUCAAACUCAAACAGCGCAGGAUCCAGUACUUCUGGCGGUAGCAGCACUUAUGGAUACAGCUCCAACAGUCGUGAUGGAAGUGUAUCAUCCACCGGCAGUUCCAGUAACACUGAUUCAAACUCAAACAGCGUAGGAUCCAGGAAAUCCGGCGGUAGCAGCUCUCAUGAAGACAGUUCCAAGAGUCGUGAUGAAACUGUAUCGACCACCGACAGUUCCAGUAACACUGAUUCAAAUUCAAACAGCGUAGAAACCAGGAAAUCCGGCGGUAGCAGCUCUCAUGAAGACAGUUCCAAGAGUCGUGAUGAAAAUGUAUCGACCACCGGCAGUUCCAGUAACACUGAUUCAAACUCAAACAGCGCAGGAUCCAGUACAUCUGGCGGUAGCAGCACUUAUGGAUACAGCUCCAACAGUCGUGAUGGAAGUGUAUCAUCCACCGGCAGUUCUAGUAACACUGAUUCAAACUCAAACAGCGCCGGAUCCAGUACAUCGGGCGGUAGCAGCACUUAUGGAUACAGUUCCAACAGUCAUGAUGGAAGUGUAUCAUCUACCGGCAGUUCCAGUAACACUGAUUCGAAUUCAAACAGCGUAGGAUCCAGGAAAUCCGGCGGUAGCAGCUCUCAUGAAGACAGUUCCAAGAGUCGUGAUGAAAAUGUAUCGACCACCGGCAGUUCCAGUAACACUGAUUCAAACUCAAACAGCGCAGGAUCCAGUACAUCUGGCGGUAGCAGCACUUAUGGAUACAGCUCCAACAGUCGUGAUGGAAGUGUAUCAUCCACCGGCAGUUCCAGUUACACUGAUUCAAACUCAAACAGCGCCGGAUCCAGUACAUCGGGCGGUAGCAGCACUUAUGGAUACAGUUCCAACAGUCAUGAUGGAAGUGUAUCAUCUACCGGCAGUUCCAGUAACACUGAUUCGAAUUCAAACAGCGUAGGAUCCAGGAAAUCCGGCGGUAGCAGCUCUCAUGAAGACAGUUCCAAGAGUCGUGAUGAAAAUGUAUCGACCACCGGCAGUUCCAGUAACACCGAUUCAAACUCAAACAGCGCAGGAUCCAGUACAUCUGGCGGUAGCAGCACUUAUGGAUACAGCUCCAACAGUCGUGAUGGAAGUGUAUCAUCCACCGGCAGUUCCAGUAACACUGAUUCAAACUCAAACAGCGCCGGAUCCAGUACAUCGGGCGGUAGCAGCACUUAUGGAUACAGUUCCAACAGUCAUGAUGGAAGUGUAUCAUCUACCGGCAGUUCCAGUAACACUGAUUCGAAUUCAAACAGCGUAGAAUCCAAGAAAUCCGGCGGUAGCAGCUCUCAUGAAGACAGUUCCAAGAGUCGUGAUGGAAGUGUAUCAUCCACCGGCAGUUCCAGUAACACUGAUUCAAACUCAAACAGUGCAGGAUCCAGUACAUCUGGCGGUAGCAGCACUUAUGGAUACAGCUCCAACAGUCGUGAUGGAAGUGUAUCAUCCACCGGCAGUUCCAGUAACACUGAUUCAAACUCAAACAGCGCCGGAUCCAGUACAUCGGGCGGUAGCAGCACUUAUGGAUACAGUUCCAACAGUCAUGAUGGAAGUGUAUCAUCUACCGGCAGUUCCAGUAACACUGAUUCGAUUUCAAACAGCGUAGGAUCCAGGAAAUCUGGCGGUAGCAGCUCUCAUGAAGACAGUUCCAAGAGUCGUGAUGAAAAUGUAUCGACCACCGGCAGUUCCAGUAACACCGAUUCAAACUCAAACAGCGCAGGAUCCAGUACAUCUGGCGGUAGCAGCACUUAUGGAUACAGCUCCAACAGUCGUGAUGGAAGUGUAUCAUCCACCGGCAGUUCCAGUUACACUGAUUCAAACUCAAACAGCGCCGGAUCCAGUACAUCGGGCGGUAGCAGCACUUAUGGAUACAGUUCCAACAGUCAUGAUGGAAGUGUAUCAUCUACCGGCAGUUCUAGUAACACUGAUUCGAAUUCAAACAGCGUAGGAUCCAGGAAAUCCGGCGGUAGCAGCUCUCAUGAAGACAGUUCCAAGAGUCGUGAUGAAAAUGUAUCGACCACCGGCAGUUCCAGUAACACCGAUUCAAACUCAAACAGCGCAGGAUCCAGUACAUCUGGCGGUAGCAGCACUUAUGGAUACAGCUCCAACAGUCGUGAUGGAAGUGUAUCAUCCACCGGCAGUUCCAGUUACACUGAUUCAAACUCAAACAGCGCCGGAUCCAGUACAUCGGGCGGUAGCAGCACUUAUGGAUACAGUUCCAACAGUCGUGAUGGAAGUGUAUCAUCCACCGGCAGUUCCAGUAACACUGAUUCGAAUUCAAACAGCGUAGGAUCCAGGAAAUCCGGCGGUAGCAGCUCUCAUGAAGACAGUUCCAAGAGUCGUGAUGAAAAUGUAUCGACCACCGGCAGUUCCAGUAACACUGAUUCAAACUCAAACAGCGCAGGAUCCAGUACAUCUGGCGGUAGCAGCACUUAUGGAUACAGUUCCAAUAGUCGUGAUGGAAGUGUAUCAUCCACCGGCAGUUCCAGUAACACUGAUUCAAACUCAAACAGCGCGGGAUCCAGUACAUCCGGUGGUAGCAGCACUUAUGGAUACAGUUCCAACAGUCGUGAUGGAAGUGUAUCAUCCACCGGCAGUUCCAGUUACACUGAUUCAAACUCAAACAGCGCAGGAUCCAGUACAUCUGGUGGUAGCAGCACUUAUGGAUACAGUUCCAACAGUCGUGAUGAAAGUGUAUCAUCCACCGGCAGUUCCAGUAACACUGAUUCGAAUUCAAACAGCGUAGGAUCCAGGAAAUCCGGCGGUAGCAGCUCUCAUGAAGACAGUUCCAAGAGUCGUGAUGAAAAUGUAUCGACCACCGGCAGUUCCAGUAACACCGAUUCAAACUCAAACAGCGCAGGAUCCAGUACAUCUGGCGGUAGCAGCACUUAUGGAUACAGCUCCAACAGUCGUGAUGGAAGCGUAUCAUCCACCGGCAGUUCCAGUAACACUGAUUCAAACUCAAACAGCGCCGGAUCCAGUACAUCGGGCGGUAGCAGCACUUAUGGAUACAGUUCCAACAGUCAUGAUGGAAGUGUAUCAUCUACCGGCAGUUCCAGUAACACUGAUUCGAAUUCAAACAGCGUAGGUUCCAGGAAAUCCGGCGGUAGCAGCUCUCAUGAAGACAGUUCCAAGAGUCGUGAUGGAAGUGUAUCAUCCACUGGCAGUUCCAGUAACACUGAUUCAAACUCAAACAGCGCAGGAUCCAGUACAUCUGGCGGUAGCAGCACUUAUGGAUACAGCUCCAACAGUCGUGAUGGAAGUGUAUCAUCCACCGGCAGUUCCAGUUACACUGAUUCAAACUCAAACAGCGCAGGAUCCAGUACAUCGGGCGGUAGCAGCACUUAUGGAUACAGUUCCAACAGUCAUGAUGGAAGUGUAUCAUCUACCGGCAGUUCCAGUAACACUGAUUCGAAUUCAAACAGCGUAGGAUCUAGGAAAUCCGACGGUAGCAGCUCUCAUGAAGACAGUUCCAAGAGUCGUGAUGAAAAUGUAUCGACCACCGACAGUUCCAGUAACACCGAUUCAAACUCAAACAGUGCAGGAUCCAGUACAUCCGGUGGUAGCAGCACUUAUGGAUACAGCUCCAACAGCCGUGAUGGAAGUGUAUCAUCCACCGGCAGUUCCAGUAACACUGAUUCAAACUCAAACAGCGCCGGAUCCAGUACAUCGGGCGGUAGCAGCACUUAUGGAUACAGUUCCAACAGUCGUGAUGGAAGUGUAUCAUCCACCGGCAGUUCCAGUAACACUGAUUCAAACUCAAACAGCGCGGGAUCCAGUACAUCCGGUGGUAGCAGCAAUUAUGGAUACAGUUCCAACAGUCGUGAUGGAGGUGUAUCAUCCACCGGCAGUUCCAGUUACACUGAUUCAAACUCAAACAGCGCCGGAUCCAGUACAUCGGGCGGUAGCAGCACUUAUGGAUACAGUUCCAACAGUCAUGAUGGAAGUGUAUCAUCUACCGGCAGUUCCAGUAACACUGAUUCGAAUUCAAACAGCGUAGGUUCCAGGAAAUCCGGCGGUAGCAGCUCUCAUGAAGACAGUUCCAAGAGUCGUGAUGAAAAUGUAUCGACCACCGGCAGUUCCAGUAACACUGAUUCAAACUCAAACAGCGCAGGAUCCAGUACAUCUGGCGGUAGCAGCACUUAUGGAUACAGUUCCAAUAGUCGUGAUGGAAGUGUAUCAUCCACCGGCAGUUCCAGUAACACUGAUUCAAACUCAAACAGCGCGGGAUCCAGUACAUCCGGUGGUAGCAGCACUUAUGGAUACAGUUCCAACAGUCGUGAUGGAAGUGUAUCAUCCACCGGCAGUUCCAGUUACACUGAUUCAAACUCAAACAGCGCAGGAUCCAGUACAUCUGGUGGUAGCAGCACUUAUGGAUACAGUUCCAACAGUCGUGAUGAAAGUGUAUCAUCCACCGGCAGUUCCAGUAACACUGAUUCGAAUUCAAACAGCGUAGGAUCCAGGAAAUCCGGCGGUAGCAGCUCUCAUGAAGACAGUUCCAAGAGUCGUGAUGAAAAUGUAUCGACCACCGGCAGUUCCAGUAACACUGAUUCAAACUCAAACAGCGCAGGAUCCAGAACAUCUGGCGGUAGCAGCACUUAUGGAUAUAGUUACAACAGUCGUGAUGGAAGUGUAUCAUCCACCGGCAGUUCCAGUAACACUGAUUCAAACUCAAACAGCGCAGGAUCCAGUACAUCUGGUGGUAGCAGCACUUAUGGAUACAGUUCCAACAGUCGUGAUGAAAGUGUAUCAUCCACCGGCAGUUCCAGUAACACUGAUUCGAAUUCAAACAGCGUAGGAUCCAGGAAAUCCGACGGUAGCAGCUCUCAUGAAGACAGUUCCAAGAGUCGUGAUGAAAGUGUAUCGACCACCGGCAGUUCCAGUAACACUGAUUCAAACUCAAGCAGCGCAGGAUCCAGUACAUCCGGUGGUAGCAGCACUUAUGGAUACAGCUCCAACAGUGGUGAUGGAAGUGUAUCAUCCACCGGCAGUUCCAGUAACACUGAGUCAAACUCAAACAGCGAAGGAUCCAGAACAUCUGGCGGUAGCAGCACUUAUGGAUACAGUUCCAACAGUCGUGAUGGAAGUGUAUCAUCCACCGGCAGUUCCAGUAACACUGAUUCAAACUCAAACAGCGCAGGAUCCAGUACAUCUGGUGGUAGCAGCACUUAUGGAUACAGUUCCAACAGUCGUGAUGAAAGUGUAUCAUCCACCGGCAGUUCCAGUAACACUGAUUCGAAUUCAAACAGCGUAGGAUCCAGGAAAUCCGACGGUAGCAGCUCUCAUGAAGACAGUUCCAAGAGUCGUGAUGAAAAUGUAUCGACCACCGGCAGUUCCAGUAACACUGAUUCAAACUCAAGCAGCGCAGGAUCCAGUACAUCCGGUGGUAGCAGCACUUAUGGAUACAGCUCCAACAGUGGUGAUGGAAGUGUAUCAUCCACCGGCAGUUCCAGUAACACUGAUUCAAACUCAAACAGCGCAGGAUCCAGUACAUCUGGCGGUAGCAGCACUUAUGGAUACAGCUCCAACAGUCGUGAUGGAAGUGUAUCAUCCACCGGCAGUUCCAGUAACACUGAUUCAAACUCAAACAGCGCAGGAUCCAGUACAUCUGGCGGUAGCAGCACUUAUGGAUACAGCUCCAACAGUCGUGAUGGAAGUGUAUCAUCCACCGGCAGUUCCAGUAACACUGAUUCAAACUCAAACAGCGCAGGAUCCAGUACAUCUGGCAGUAGCAACACUCAUGGUGCCAGCCAUGGUUUGGCAUCAUCUGGCGGUAGUAUAGCAUCAGCAACUAGUACUCCUGACAUACUUACCAUAGCACUAAGUGAAGACUCUUCCGAGGUGGAUAUUGAUCUUGGCAAUUUAGGCUGGUGGUGGAAUUCAGACAAUAAGGCACAAAGAGCGGCAGGCGGCGCAACAAAGUCUGAAGCUUCAUCAUCCACUCAAGCUACUACAGUCAGUGGCGCAGACGACAGUGCUGAUUCUUACACCUGGUGGUGGAAUCCUAGACGAUCAAGCAGCUCCUCUUCAUCAGCAAGUUCUAGCAGCUCUGGCUCCAAUGUUGGUGGUUCCUCUCAAUCCAGCGGUAGCAGCACUUCUGGAAGUAAUGCCCGCGGUCAUCUAGGAACCGUUUCGUCCACUGGCAGUACCAGUAACACCGAUUCAAGCUCAAAAAGUGCAGGAUCCCGUACAUCCGGCGGUAGCAGCACUUAUGGAUAUAGCUCCAGCCAUCGUGGUGGAAGCGUAUCAUCCACCGGCAGUUCCAGCAACACUGAUUCAAGCACAAAGAAUGCAGGAUCCAGUACAUCCGGCGGUAGCAGCACUUAUGGAUAUAGCUCCAGCCAUCGUGGUGGAAGCGUAUCAUCCACCGGCAGUUCCAGCAACACUGAUUCAAGCACAAAGAAUGCAGGAUCCAGUACAUCUGGCGGUAGCAGCACUUAUGGAUAUAGCUCUAGCCAUCGUGGUGGAAGUGUAUCAUCCACCGGCAGUUCCAGCAACACUGAUUCAAGCACAAAGAGUGCAGGAUCCAGUACAUCCGGCGGUAGCAGCACUUACGGAUAUAGCUCCAGGCAUCGUGGUGGACGCGUAUCAUCCACCGGCAGUUCCAGCACAACUGAUGCAAGCUCAAACAGCGUAGGAUCUAGUACAUCCGGCGGUAGCAGCACUUAUGGAUACAGUUCCAACAGUCGUGAUGGAAGUGUAUCAUCCACCGGCAGUUCCAGUAACACUGAUUCAAACUCAAACAGCGCGGGAUCCAGUACAUCCGGUGGUAGCAGCACUUAUGGAUACAGUUCCAACAGUCGUGAUGGAAGUGUAUCAUCCACCGGCAGUUCCAGUAACACUGAUUCAAACUCAAACAGCGCGGGAUCCAGUACAUCCGGUGGUAGCAGCACUUAUGGAUACAGUUCCAACAGUCGUGAUGGAAGUGUAUCAUCCACCGGCAGUUCCAGUAACACUGAUGCAAGCACAGACCUUACAGGAUCCAGUACAUCCGGCGGUAGCAGCACUUAUGGAUACAGUUCCGACAGUCGUGAUGGAAGUGUAUCAUCCACCGGCAGUUCCAGUAACACUGAUGCAAGCACAGACCUGGCAGGAUCCAGUACAUCUGGCGGUAGCAGCACUUAUGGAUACAGUUCCGACUGUGGUGAUGGAAGUGUAUCAUCCACCGGCAGUUCCAGUAACACUGAUGCAAGCACAGACCUUGCAGGAUCCAGUACAUCCGGCGGUAGCAGCACUUAUGGAUACAGUUCCGACAGUCGUGAUGGAAGUGUAUCAUCCACCGGCAGUUCCAGUAACACUGAUGCAAGCACAGACCUUGCAGGAUCCAGUACAUCGGGCGGUAGCAGCACUUAUGGAUACAGUUCCAACAGUCGUGAUGGAAGUGUAUCAUCCACCGGCAGUUCCAGUAACACUGAUGCAAGCACAGACCUUACAGGAUCCAGUACAUCCGGCGGUAGCAGCACUUAUGGAUAUAGCUCAAGCAAUCGUGAUGGAAGUGUAUUGGCCACUGGCAGUUCCAGUAACACUGAUGCAAGCACCACAGAAGAAUCCACCACGUCCGCUGGUAGCAGCACUGAAGGAUAUAGUUCCAGUAGCCAUGAUGGAAGCGUAACAUCCACCGACGGUUCCAGCACAAGUGGAGGAGCUUCUUCCAGCUCAGCGUCAACCGCCAAAAGCGACGCCGCGUCAUCUGAAGACGGUUUCUGGUGGUGGAAUAGAAGGAAAUCAGGAUCCGGUCACAAAAGCGCUACCGUACAGUCAUCCACAACCGAUAAGACGAGCACCGACAGUGCCAGCAGCACCGAUUCCACCUCAAGCACGUCCGGGGCAAGCACAACCACUUCAGGCAGUUCUUCUACCUCGGGCGGUUCAAGUACAUCGGACGCUUCCUCCACUUCGUCUAGUGUUUCCAGAAGUCAUCGUUCAGGCGUGAACAGACUUUUACACAAGCCUGGUCAAGGAAAAAUAUGCCUUUGCUUCGAAAACAUAUUCGAUAUUCCUUACCAUCUCCGUAAGAAUAUCGGUGUUUAAUACAACUAAACACGACUUGGAGUAUUCCUUGUAGUGUUUAAGAUUUUAAAUCUUACUUAAUGACUUCGAACGAUUUUAACGAUAACUUUCUCUUUGUUUAACUUUAAUCAGCAUACAUAAAAAGCCCCGGUUUUGUAUCGGGAAGAAAAAAAAUGUAAUUGUGUUGCCUAGAUAAUAAACGUAUUAUCAAAG